ACGUGGUCAACGCCUCAAGGGUUAUCAUUUAGACAGUGGAGACGCGGCUUGUUGGGACAUUAUACUCAGCUCGUACAUCUUGGCAAUCUCAGGAAUGAUUGCCCUUACUUCCUGGAAUCAGGAUCCCUUCCUGAUAAUGUACAACUCCGUGGCUGGCGGUGUUAACGUCGUAUGUGAAAUCCUUGAGCGGAAAUUUUAACGCAUCUGGAGGCGCACGAGUUCCCAGCUCAGUGUUUCAGUGAGCUGUUGAGUGGUGUGGAAGGACGUGUUGGUAUAACGUCAUCACAGUUACUAAGGUAAUUCACAGUUAUGAAAUCGGUAAGAAGGAAGAGAUGCAAGGAGUGUAACGCUCUUGUCACACUGAGUAAGAAGGAGAAGUGUGAGGACUGUGCAAGAGAGGAAAGUGAAGAAAACAGCGGGUAAUGUGAUCGCUGUGGGAGGGACAGUUAGGAUGGUGUUGUUGUGAGGUGUGCUGAGGCUGGUUCCACGCCAUUGCCAAAUAUGAGGGGAUGAGUGUGGAAAGAUAUGAGCAACCCCAGGGAAAACAAGGAUCAUCAUGAUGUUGGCCACGAAACACCUGGAAACAUCCAAGAGACAGAAGGAAGAGUGAAAGCAGGAACAAAACUGCCAGGGAGUACGAGUAGCCAACCUGAGAGAGAAAAAAAAAAAAAAAAAAGCAUGACACUAAAAGAGAUAAACCAAUUGUAAACUCAAUACAUGGAGAAAGAUGCCCCUAGAAGCAGCAUGGCCACCAAAUGGAUCACAUAUACUGUACUCAUCCGCUUGGCUACCCCAAGUUACGGCCAAGGUUCACCUACCGGGGAUGCAUAGAUGAGCAGCCCAUCAGGACACAGAAGGCAUCACAUAAUAAGGAUGAGGCAGAAGUUGCACCUCCCUUCUUGGAUGGCAGCAUGGCAGCAUGUAGCUCUUGGGAGAGGUCAGAGGAGACCUGACGAAGAAGUCUCCCCCGUCCUGGAUGGCAGCAGGUGUUGGCUGGACAUGGUGAAGGUGUGAGGCAGAGUCACUCCUCUCUCCCUGGAAGCUCAAGUGUUUAUGUACCAGCUGCUGUGUUGGUAAAGGUGCUCUGGUCGGUUACACCUGAACAUCUUGAUCGUUGCUCCUCCUCCUAUUUGUUCUACUGAUCACUGGGUACUCCUAUCACUGCACAAUUAGCAAAGAUAUAAACAAGAGGCCACGUUCUGAACAAUUUGUAGCAUCAAGGUCAAGAUUGCACUUCUGCAACAGGUUCUGCCGCUCUGUGUGUUGUGAGUGUUUUUUCCGGUCUUUUGCUUGAUCUGAAGGUGCUGCUUCCUGUACGAAGAUGGUUUUGAGUGCCUGCGGAACCUGUGAGGAGAGUGUGGCCAGCAGACAGAAGGCUGUGGCAUGCAAGAGAUGCAUGGUCUGGUUCCAUGCCACCUGUGCAGGGAUGAAGGACGCCAACAUGAAGGCCCUUCAGUUCGACCUACUGGUGUUCCUGUGCAGGCGUUGCCUCAAUAGGAGCAUCGAGGAAUGGAGGAAUGAAGACAACGAUAAGGAAACAAAAAGCAUGCAACAGCAGAGUACCCAGACGGAAAACCCGAAAAAGGAAGCAGAAGUUCAGACGGAGAAGAAUGAAGACCAGCAGGAAGUAGUGGAAUUUGGAAGAGUAGAAAACCGACCCAGGAAGAGGAUGAUGUUCAAGAAAGCUCCAGUCCAUAUCAUUGGUGACAGUAUGGUGAGGAAGACCCCAGACUUCCUAAGGAGGGAGGUGGAGUGCACCAACAUGGGAGGUGCCAAGAUACAGGAUGUGAAGAAGAAAGUUCUAGAAGAAGUUAAAGAAAUGGAAGAAAGAAGCCUGCUGGUGAUCCAAGGAGGAGGAAAUAACCUAGAGGCAACUGGGGCUGAAGAAACAGUAAAAGAAGUGGUAGAGGCAGUCAGGGCAGCUGAAAACAAGAAGAUGAGUGUGGCUGUGGUGAGGGUCCUGUGGCGCCCGCGUGAAGGGGCGCUGUAUGAAAAGACAAGAAGAGAGACAAACCAGAUGCUCUGCAAGGAAUUCCUGAAGCUUAAAAUGGAAUGGCUUGCAGAGAAGAAGGGGAAUGUCAGCUUCCUGGACUUCGAUGGGAUCCUGGAUCAAGACAGGCUCUUCAGCAGAGACGGCGUCCACCUCAACCAGGAUGGAAACCAAAAGAUGGGACGGCGACUGGCUGAGUGGAUGAGGGCAAGGCAGGUGUGCUGCGUGGAGACGGCUUGACGAGGAGGACCAAUGGAUGACGGCAGACAAAGAAUAGAACAAACUAACCAGGCAAGUGAAUGUGUGAAGUUUGGCUGUAUGAAUGUGAGAGGAUGGGGUGUGGGGAAGUUUGAGGAUGUAUGCAGGGAACUUGAGGAGUGGAAG